ACACAAGGCGCUUAUGGCAUUUAAAACAGCACCGUGGACAGACACCGUGCUGAAGUGGACAGCUCCCGUUCAGAUGAAGAAAAAAAAGCCACACGAUACUUAGACAACCAACCAACCAUCGAUCUAGUCACAGUUUGAUUUGGUUCGUCCAGCGGUACGGGUCUGUCUCUCACGGUGAGCUGACAUUUAACAGCGUUUUGUUUUAUAUAAUCAUCGCCAUCCAGAUGUGCAUCUAAGAAGACGGCAACGGCAUUAAUGGACUUUCCGUUAUUUUUUUUGUUGCGAGCCGACGCUGCCGGAGUUGUUCCGUCUGGAUACUGUGGAGUUGUUCAGAUGUUUAAUAGGAAACACCUGUAGCUGAAUCUGCUACACAGUCUCUAAUAUAUUGGACUAUUAUUACCCACAAACCAACAGAAAUGUUUUGAUACACAUCUAUUUUCUGCAGGCAGGGAGGGCUGGUCUCUCUGACGCCGUCGGCCAUCUAAUCUCCAAUGCAAAAGAGCGAAGGUAAAGCCAUUUACUGGUCCAUUAAUAUCUAAGCUUCUCUCUCGGCUCUCUGUGCUGCUCGCAGACAGGAACAUGGAUAGAGAGGAAUUCGCUGUGACACGAGCUGUGACUGGAUUCGUAUGGAUGGUGUUCUCUUGUCCAAACUAAAAAAUCAAAUAAAAAAAGACAGUGUAAUCGAGCUCAACAACCGGCCACGGUGCGUCUGGCGGUUCGCGAUCACCCUCCUUUUUUGCUGUUGUUGCGCACCGCUUUUUAAAAAAUUAAUUGAAUGCAUUUUUAAUGUAGCCGGGGGAGAUCAGAGGUGGGCUUAUAUUUGAAUUAAAAAACAACCAUGGGGGGCACAGAGGAGUGUAAAACCAUGCUGGAUGCUCUGAACAAAGUCACAGCGUGCUACAGGCACCUGGUCAUCGCGCUGGGCAGCACAUCGGACUCUCAGAACCUGCGCGAGGAACUCAAGAAGACCCGGAAGAAAGCCCAGGAGCUCGCGGUGGCCAACCGGAAUAAACUAACCGAGUUGCUCAAAGACAAGACCACCAGCAAGGACGACCGGGCUGAGUAUGAGAGGCUAUGGGUGCUGUUCACCAGCAGCAUGGAGCUACUGGAAGUGGACAUGAAGCGGAGCUUGGAGAUAGGGCAGGAGUUCCCCCUCAAGGUGCCCACCAGACACCUCAUCCAGACGGGCAUGACCGGCAGCACCACCACGGUGGCAGCCAGGGCCAUGUCUGUGCAGAACAUGAAGUACGACGCGGACAGCAACAUCGACACUGCCGACCUGAAGGAGCUCCAGGCUGAGAUCACCCAGGUGGGCCAGAUGAUGGAGGAGAUGGAGAUGAAGGUGCAGGUGGCUCCGUGGGCCGUGGAGGCCAAGCAGGAGGCCGGCGCCGAGCUCAAAUCCACCCUGAGCGUCGGGAACUCCUCCGUGGGUGUCAUUUCCAUCUGUGAAGAGGAGCCCAAAGACGAGAUAGAUGAAGGGGGUGACAAUAACGGAAUGAUCACAUGUAUCGCUGGGUUCAUAUUCGUUGCUAUUGUAGUAAUCGCCGGGAUUCUAGGAUACUUUGUAAUCGGUGGAUAGGAUACUUAGUAUUGAACGUUUUGAGCCAGCCUGGGAAUACUUCACAGAUAAACAGCGGGCGCAGCUCAGAGACAGAUACAGCCCGGGAUGGACACUAGGCAGGUUAUAUGCCCGGAGAAACGGCUCUGUUGUUGAGGAGAGAGAGACUAGCGCGAGGAGCUGUCCAGGUGAUGAAAACUGUUGCGUCUGCAUCCCAAAUGGCACAGAUUCCCCAUAUAGUCCUCUACUUUAGACCAGAGUCACUGCAAGGCGUUAUUCCAUAUAGUCCUCUACUUUAGACCAGAGCCACUACAAGGCGUUAUUCCAUGUAGUCCUCUACUUUAGACCAGAGCCACUACAAGGUGUUAUUCCAUGUAGUCCUCUACUUUAGACCAGAGCCACUACAAGGCGUUUUUCCAUAUAGUCCUCUACUUUAGACCAGAGUCACUGCAAGGCGUUAUUCCAUAUAGUCCUCUACUUUAGACCAGAGUCACUGCAAGGCGUUAUUCCAUAUAGUCCUCUACUUUAGACCAGAGUCACUGCAAGGUGUUAUUCCCCAUAUAGUCCUCUACUUUAGACCAGAGCCACAACAAGGUGUUAUUCCACAUAUAGUCCUCUACUUUAGACCAGAGUCACUGCAAGGCUUUAUUCCACAUAUAGUCCUCUACUUUAGACCAGAGUCACUGCAAGGUGUUAUUCCCCAUAUAGUCCUCUACUUUAGACCAGAGCCACAACAAGGUGUUAUUCCACAUAUAGUCCUCUACUUUAGACCAGAGUCACUACAAGGCGUUAUUCCAUAUAGUCCUCUACUUUAGACCAGAGUCACUGCAAGGCGUUAUUCCAUAUAGUCCUCUACUUUAGACCAGAGUCACUGCAAGGCUUUAUUCCACAUAUAGUCCUCUACUUUAGACCAGAGUCACUGCAAGGUGUUAUUCCCCAUAUAGUCCUCUACUUUAGACCAGAGCCACAACAAGGUGUUAUUCCACAUAUAGUCCUCUACUUUAGACCAGAGUCACUACAAGGCGUUAUUCCAUAUAGUCCUCUACUUUAGACCAGAGUCACUGCAAGGCGUUAUUCCAUAUAGUCCUCUACUUUAGACCAGAGUCACUGCAAGGCUUUAUUCCACAUAUAGUCCUCUACUUUAGACCAGAGUCACUGCAAGGCGUUAUUCCAUAUAGUCCUCUACUUUAGACCAGAGCCACUGCAAGGCUUUAUUCCAUAUAGUCCUCUACUUUAGACCAGAGCCACUGCAAGGCUUUAUUCCACAUAUAGUCCUCUACUUUAGACCAGUGUAACUGCAACAUUUUAUCUCAGCCUCACAAUAAUAAUAAUAACAAUAAUAAUUUAUUCAGCUUCUAUAGUGUUUUUCAUCAUAUAAAAUUAUCUCAAAGUGCUUGAAAAGAAAACAACUAACCAAGCAUCAAAUAACAUCUAUAGCCCUUAUAGCUAGAUAACAGAGGUCUGGACUACCACAACUAAUAUAUAGUCCUUAUAGUAGAUAACAGAGGUCUGGACUACCACAACUAAUAUAUAGUCCUUAUAGUAGAUAACAGAGGUCUGGGCUACCACAACUAAUAUAUAGUCCUUAUAGUAGAUAACAGAGGUCUGGACUACCACAACUAAUAUAUAGUCCUUAUAGCAGAUAACAGAGGUCUGGACUACCACAACUAAUAUAUAGUCCUUAUAGCUAGAUAACAGAGGUCUGGGCUACCACAACUAAUAUAUAGGCCUUAUAGUAGAUAACAGAGGUCUGGACUACCACAACUAGCCCUUAUAGUAGAUAAUAGAGGUCUGGACUACCACAACUAAUAUAUAGUCCUUAUAGCAGAUAACAGAGGUCUGGGCUACCACAACUAAUAUAUAGUCCUUAUAGCAGAUAACAGAGGUCUGGACUACCACAACUAAUAUAUAGCCCUUAUAGCUAGAUAACAGAGGGCUGGACUACCACAACUGUCAGCUAGAGUUGUACGUUUUGGGUGUUUCAAGCCUACAACAUAUGGAACGACAAGUCGAGUGGCUAGAGCAGAGGGAGGGUUUUGUCAACAGGGGGUAGAUGAGUAGGUCCUCCUCAUAGCUAGAGCAGAGGGAGGGUUUUGUCAACAGGGGGUAGAUGAGUAGGUCCUCCUCAUAGCUAUAGCAGAGGGAGGGUUUUGUCAACAGGGGGUAGAUGAGUAGGUCCUCCUCAUAGCUAGAGCAGAGGGAGGGUUUUGUCAACAGGGGGUAGAUGAGUAGGUCCUCCUCAUAGCUGGAGCAGAGGGAGGGUUUUGUCAACAGGGGGUAGAUGAGUAGGUCCUCCUCAUAGCUAGAGCAGAGGGAGGGUUUUGUCAACAGGGGGUCUUCCAGUGGCAGGCAGGUAGCACUGUUCACUCGCCUCGCAGUCCCAGCUGUCUGACUGCCUUGUACAAGAUGAAGUUCAUUUCUACGUUCCCACUAACUCAAUGAUGUCAGCCAGCACAAAUCUUCAGAGGAAUCCUCAGACUGAGCAUUGAAUUCAUCCCUGCCAGCUUGCAGUCCUCCUCAGGGGUCAGGAGACCAUAAAAACAAGCAAAAAAAAUGUUGGGGUAUUCAAACCAAAAUACGCUAGCUAACUAGCUUGCUAGCAUUGUUAACUAGCUAUGUUGAAAGAACUGAUUUUCCAUCAUAUUCACAGGUAGGAAACACAUUGAUUUUACCCAGACUUAGUCUAUACCCAUUGAGCUAUUCAAAACCAAAAAACGAAUAAAAAUGAUUAAAUAUGAACUAAAUGUACUGGAGCUCUCUGCCUAGGCGACCCCAUAGCGCCAUGGCAACAUGUGUAGAAUGGCAGGGAAUUUGCUAUAGGGUCCUGGUCUAAAGUAGUGCACUAUAUAGGGAAUAGGGCUCUGGUCUAAAGUAGUGCACUAUAUAGGGAAUAGGCUUCCA